UGGGUAUUAGGGCGUAGCCAGGCGCGGCUACCACUUGGAAGGAGGAAUUUGGGGAGGGGCCAACCUAGGUCUAGGGGCUUGGCGGGAUCCCCCAAUCGAGAGGCGGGGCCGAUAGUGGGUGGGUUCUGGGCCGAGGAGGAGGGUCUUGGGGGGGGUCUGGGCAGCAGUACCACCCCUCUGGGACCCGGCUGGAAGGAGCACCCCCCUUUCUUCCCCAGCCUUUGGAUGUCACUGGACAGGAAAAGGAAUUCAAAGGAAGAGUGGGAAUUGACUCCUGGGGCUGGCGAAGCUUCCGGCACCGGUAAUGUUGAGACCACUGCAGCAAAACUAAAUCUCGAAGAGAAAGCAAUCCUCAACAAUUUGAUGCCUGCUUGCCAUGCUGGUUCAGAGUGGAGGAAGAAGAAAAAUGAGUUCCUGAGUCUGGAGAGAGGCCCACAGAAGGCCCCAUGUACUGCGGCCCCUACUAAAGUAGUCACAGAGCUGGGUUGUGAUGAAUCUCAGGGGAACACACAUGCAAGAUUCCAGUGGAGUCCCAGAAUUCAAGAUGCCUGUCACAGAGAUACACACGGAUUCCACACGGGGAGGGGUAUGGCUUGGGAGAAGACGGAAGACACCCUGUUCCUGGUGCAUGCUAAUGGGAUGAAUGCAAGACGGGAUACAUGGGGUUCGCAGCGAUGGUCCAGAACGGCAGAAAUGCUGACUUUUCCACCCAGCGUUUGGGGUCAUGGAUGCCAGCUGAUGGCUCUGCUUAGCUUUCAUUGUCACACCCGCUCAUCCUACCUGAAACUGAAGGGUGGUGCACCAGGAUUUAAACCCAGUGGCUCGGUCGACUCUGCCUUGUCCUUCGGUGCUAGGACAUUUGUGACAUCAUUCCACUUCAUUUGUCCAGACCGCAAGGAGUCCUGCAGCCCAGAGAGCAGUGGAGAGCCAAGAAAGAUGAGCUGA